UCCAACACUUCCCCUCACGCGCAAAUCUACAUUUAUUCAGCCUGCAAUCUCCCUCGCAGUUAUAGCCGUAUAGUUGUUCGACAUGGCAGUUCCUAGUCUCAUUCUCAGCAACGGGGAAAAGAUGCCUGUUAUUGGUCUCGGCACCUGGCAGGGUAUCGAUGAUCCAAGCGUCGUAAGUCAAGCCGUUAAAGAUGCGAUUGACGCUGGCUACCGGCACUUUGACUGUGCCAUGAGAUAUGGCAACGAAGACGUCAUCGGAAGAGCUAUACACGAAAAGAUUCGCGAAGGCGUCGUUACGAGGAAGGAUCUUUACAUUGUCACGAAACUUUGGAAUGAUAAGCACAAAGAAGAGGAUGUCGUUCCCACGUGUAGGGAAUCGUUGAAAAACUUCGGAUUCGACUACGUUGACUUGUAUCUGAUUCAUUGGCCCUUUGCUUACAAGGAUUCUGGAGAUUUAUUUCCCGCAUCGGUUGAAUCUCACGUUGAUAUUCCGUUAGAAGAAACUUGGCGUGGAAUGGAAGAAUGCUAUCGUCUUGGCUACGCGAAGAGCAUCGGCGUUAGUAACUUCAAUGCUUCGCAGAUAGACCGAAUCCUCAAUGUCGCUAAAAUUAAACCAGUCGUUAAUCAGGUCGAAUGUCAUCCAAACUUGAACCAAAAAAAGCUUCGUGCAUUCUGUGCAAGCCGAGGAAUAGCCAUUACGAGUUACAGUCCCCUAGGUGCACCUCUUCGACCUUGGGCCAAGCCCAGUGAUCCCGUGGUUGUAAUUGACCGACCGGAGGUUGUCGCCAUAGGAAAAAAAUAUGGCAAAACACCGGCGCAGAUUCUACUCAGAUAUCUGAUUGAUAUCGGCACCGUGCCAAUUCCGAAGUCCAGCUCCAAAGCGCGCAUCCAAGAGAAUAUUAACAUCUUCGAUUUCAAAUUGACUCCCGAAGAGGUGGCAAUUAUUGACAAGUUUGAUACCGGUAUGCGCGUAACAUCCGCUGACGAGCUGAAAAAUCACAAGGAGUACCCAUUCCAUGCGGAGUUUUAAGGCUGCAUGUUCUACAAAUUUGAGGUACUAUCGCGAUCCUUUCUAUCGUCCUAAGGUUUACUUAAUUAACAUAUUGUCAAAAUUAACAUAGUAACACACACCUAAACUUCAAUGUAUACUCGUUUAUGCAAUGUAAAAUGAGCUGGUUAACAAUAAAAAUAAGUUUGAUCACAUA